GAUUUUUUGCAAAAUAUUCAAACUAUCUUGUAUUUUUCAAAUAAUUUAAACAACGUUUUGUGUAUCCGCUAGUGUUUAGUGUAUUUUAAUUCAUAAAAUAAUGGAAAACAAACAAUCAACACCAAGUAGCACAAAUGUCGGCCCCAUCGACAUGGACUAUAUAACUUUGAUUAGCGACGAUUCUGAUAACGGCGCCAACGACGACAACUCCAAACUUCGUACACCAAAAAUAAAAGACGAUGAAGAUUCCAAUGACAUCUCAAAUAACGACGAGAGACGAACAAGUCGUCGAAGGAAACCAAAGGUUGAAUAUUAUGUCAAUCGAACUGCUGGCGAAGGAAUUGAUAAUAAACCAUCUUCAGAGCGUCGUUCGGAUGGUUUAAAACCCAAAAAAUCUGAAUAUUCUCGUAGUCCUCAUCCAAAAGACAUUAUCGACGUGAGAGAAGCUUCGGCAGCCGCUGCCGAAGCUUACAAAGAAAUUUUAACGGGUUUGGAAGGUGCAGCCUUUCAAUCACGAAUUCCUUUUGAUAAAAUGACAUCAGCUGAAGCUGCUUGCUUCACUGACAUCACCAAAACUGGUUUAGUCGCUCAGCGAGUCUUUUUAAACAUUCGAAAUCGUUUAUUACAAAUGUGGAUUGAUAAUCCUAAACAACAAUUGAUUUUAGAAAACGCUCUUAAAGACAUGGAACCGCCUUUUGACAGCGAUCCACAUUUAGUUAAACGUGUUCAUGCUUUUUUGGAACGCCAUGGUUUCAUAAACUUUGGAAUCUUUAAAAGACUCCAACCAAUUCCGAGUAAGAAAAUUGCUAAAGUUUUAGUUAUUGGAGCGGGUAUUUCGGGUUUAGCUGCUGCACAACAAUUGCAACAGUUUGGAAUGGAUGUUAUUGUGUUGGAGGCACGGGAUAGAGUUGGUGGACGAAUUGCUACUUUUAGGAAGAAUAAUUAUAUUGCUGAUUUGGGAGCAAUGGUUGUUACUGGGAUUUGGGGUAAUCCAAUGACGAUUUUGAGUAAGCAGACGGGAAUGGAAAUGGUACCGAUUCGGCAGGCUUGUCCAUUGUAUGGAGCUGGGGGGAAGCCGGUGCCAAAGCAUAAGGACGAUAUGGUUGAACGUGAAUUUAACCGUCUUCUUGAAUCAGCCAGUUACUUAUCUCAUCAGCUGGACUUUAAUUAUGCUGGCAAUAAUCCGGUUUCUUUGGGACAAGCUUUAGAAUGGAUUAUCAAAUUACAAGAAAAGCAUGUCAAGGACAAACAAGUUCAACAUUUGACCAAUGUGACAAAUGCUCAGAAGGCAAUUAUUGAAAAUCAAACUAAAGUUGCUGAAUUGUCGGAAAAAAUUCAAGAAUAUAAAGCAACUGUUAAGCAAUUGAGUAAGACUCGCCCCGCGAAGACACCAGAAACUGAACAAGCUUGGAUUGAUCAUGAGUUUAAAAUUAAAAAUACUCAAUAUGAAUGGAGUAAGGCUUUCAAAGAAUUGGAAGCAUUGAAUAAGGAGGAAGAAGUCUUACAAGCGAAGUUGAAAGAGAUCGAAAUGAAUCCACCGAGUGACGUAUAUCUCUCAUCAAAGGACCGUCAAAUUCUUGAUUGGCAUUUUGCAAAUCUUGAAUUUGCCAAUGCAACACCAUUAAGCAAUUUAUCCCUCAAACAUUGGGAUCAGGAUGAUGAUUUUGAAUUUAUUGGCAAUCAUACAACAGUUCGAAAUGGUUAUUCGUGUGUACCAAUAGCAUUGACCGAGGGUUUGGAUAUUCGUGUGAAUACCGCUGUGAAAACGGUCAAAUAUUUUCCUGGCGGUGUCGAAAUAACAACAGAGAAUUUGAAGACAAACAAUUCAACAGUGACAUAUAAGGCUGAUCUUGUUCUAUGCACGCUCACAUUGGGCGUUUUGAAGGUGGCUACAUCACCGCUAUCGACUAACCAAGCAAAUACUGUUAAAUUUGAUCCACCACUGCCCGAAUGGAAACAGGCUGCUAUUCAGCGUUUAGGAUUUGGCAACUUGAAUAAAGUUGUUUUAUGCUUCGAUAGAAUCUUCUGGGAUCCAAAUUCAAAUUUAUUUGGGCAUGUGGGAAGCACUACUGCAAGUAGAGGAGAACUCUUUUUAUUUUGGAGCAUUUCACAAUCACCAGUGCUUCUAGCUUUAGUGGCAGGACAAUCAGCUGCGAUUAUGGAGAAUGUGUCGGAUGAUGUUAUAGUGGGUAGAUGCAUUGCAGUGCUCAAGGGGAUAUUUGGUAAUGCAUCGGUGCCGCAACCCAAGGAAACUGUGGUUACUAGAUGGCGCGCAGAUCCGUGGGCUCGUGGCUCCUAUAGCUUCGUCUCAGUUGGUUCAUCUGGUUCUGAUUAUGAUCUACUGGCUGCACCAGUCAUUCCGCCAAAUGCUAAUGGCACUAGCCCCGAUGAAGAUACUAAAGAGAUGCCAAGAUUAUUUUUUGCAGGUGAACACACUAUUCGCAACUAUCCAGCCACCGUUCAUGGAGCAUUUUUAAGCGGACUACGUGAAGCUGGACGUAUUGCUGACUUUUUCAUGGGUUUCCCUGAAGGAUCUACUCCAACACCACCUGUUGUUGACCCCACUGCCACCGCCACCAAGCCAGCUGAAUAAACAGCCCAAAAAUGGCUACAAUUUUUUUUAAUCAAUCAUCAUUUUAAUAAUUUUAAUUUUUUUAUAACUUUUUUUCAUUCCUUAAUUUUUUAAUUCAUUUGCUUACAUUAAUUUUUUGUAUCGAACAUAACAAUAAUAAUGAACGAUUCCAUUUAAAAUAA